CUGAGUAGAGCAUAAGAAAGAAUGAGCAGGAACUGCAGCAUCAGGAAUGAUGCUACCCCUCAGGGUGAACUUCCUGGUGGUCGGGUGGAAAGCCGAGCCAGAGCAGGGGAGGCUCACUCAGCAGAUCCUUCAAUCUAGGGAAAAGCUCGAUGAACAAACCUGGGAGCCGGGCUUGAGAACAUUCACUUCAGCAGUCAGGUUAAUUUCACUACUACCCAGCCAGCUCUGGAAAUUGAAGAUGCUCUGGCUUCCAUUGUUUCCCUGCAUCCCUCUCACUAUAAUGUCUUAAAAUUUCAUUACGCCUGAGUUUUAGCGCCUAGUGUAGCAGCUACCUUCUGCAGGAAAAACCAAGAAGUGACACUGUCUCUUCAGGCUCCCAUUUUCCAAUUGACAGAAAGGGCAAAACAGAGCUGACCUUGUCGGCUGCACCUUAUAGCACCUGCACCCAAAAAAGGGGGCCAGGGCUGGAGAAGCCCUUGACUUGAAGCCCACCCCUACCGGUUCCUGGGGCUCAGUCACAUUGGCCAUUUUUUGCCCACUAUCCAAUGUUCUUCCUAGGGGUGGAAAGUUGAGAGAAGGGAUAAUUUCUUUUCUCUUCUUUCACCCCACCCUCACUUCUCCUGCUUGCUACCCCUGACUCUUACCUAAUGGUCAUUCAUAGUUGCAGUUGUCUGGGUGAUGUCUGGCCACCCAGUCCCCGAGGCCCUGCAGUGAGCCAGCUCUGCAGACUGCCUGUGGUUAGGAUAGUGCCAAUUCAAGCCUGACUCAAUAGCCACUGUGCCAGCUGAGUGACCCAGCUUCUGAGGUCUCUCACUAGGCAUUCUCCCUCCAUUCCUAUCUUUCCGUGUAUCCUUUUAUCUCUGCCUAUGUCUGUCUGUCUGUCUGUCUGUCUCUCUCUCUCUCUCUCUCUCUCUCUUUCGGGAAUCUAGAACAGAAGAGAGCAGGAUGCCCCUAAGGCAGGAUCAGACCGCCAUUUAAAGGGCCUAAGAGCAGCAAAAUUCUUGGACCAUAAUCUGAGCAUUCCCUCUUUCUCAUGCAUAUUAACAUGACUACCCUUUAUAAGGAAAAGGAGAGAUGCUGUUGAGAAUGUCUCUCUAAGCCUCCUAUAGGGCAUGCCUAGCUUCCAAAUGAUCCCCCUGAGUCCAUCCCUUCUUGGGGGACGGCAGGUAGGGAAAGCCCUUUACCCCAGUUCUCAAUACUGCAGUCCUCUACUCGGUGCCAUGGUUAAUGUGCAGAUUGGCUGUCAUCCAUACAACUACUCCGGGGAAAUUGGAUCUCCCUAGCCCAGAGAGACAGAUCUGGACCCUCAGCCAGGCCACAAGGAGCAGUGUGGAAGCCAUGGGGAGAGCACCUGGAUCCCAGCCCCUCCCACUGUGUGAGGGCGUCCCACCCUCAAUAAUAAAAAUGCUUAGGAUUUGUGAAGUAACUUCGGAAAAUGCUUCCACAGCCACUAUUCUAUUUGGUUCUCACAGGCAGCUUGUGAAGUUAGCAAAGGAGGCUUUAUUAUAUAAAGACAUUUAGACAGGCUGUAACGUGAGCUGCUCCAAAGUCAAAAAGCUAGUAAACAGCAGGGCUGGAACAAGAAGCUAGCUCUUCUGACCCUUAGCUCUCCAAGGCUACAAAGCAGAGCAGGUACGGCUCCCCUGGAGCUCAAUGAAACAUUUUUCUCCAUCCUAGGCUGAUAAAGUCAGGACGUAAGGGCCUCUCUCCUCACAAGACAGGGAGCUCUGGGCCAUGGACACACACCCCUGAGACUCAGGGAAACUAUAGACGGAACUUCAAGCCAUCCAUGCUGCCUACCAGGCAUGGCUCCAGAAUGAAGGGAGGUCUGGUGCUGCCGCCUUCCAAAAAAGGACACAUCAUCAUUUAUUCCAGAAGCAAAGAAGGAAUGGACAUAGACAUAGCUUCCCGUUGGGCCUCAGCCUCUUGGCUGCCCCUCUUCUUUUUGCUCCUUCUGGCUGGAAGGAGUGGCCGAGGCUGCCCAGCAGCAUGUGACUGUGCCUCCCAACCCCAAGCAGUGAUCUGUGCCAGCCGGCAGCUGGAGGCAGUACCCGGAGGGAUCCCACCAGACGUCAAGCUCCUGGACUUGAGUAGAAACCGCCUAUGGGGCCUCCAAAGAGGAAUGCUCUCCCUCCUGGGACCACUGCUUGAGUUGGAUCUGAGUCACAACCAGCUUUCCACUCUAGAACCUGGGGCCUUCCAGGGUCUGCGAAACCUCCUCACUCUGAGGCUUCGAGGUAACAGGCUCCGAAUUGUGGCCCCUGGGAUCUUCUCUGGCUUACCCUCCCUAACCCUACUGGAUCUUAGCCUCAACCAGAUAGUCCUCUUCCUGGAUGGUGCCUUUGGAGAGCUGGGCAGUCUUCAGCAGUUGGAAGUGGGGGACAAUCACCUGGUGUUUGUGGCACCAGGGGCCUUUGUGGGACUGGCAAAGCUAAGCACCCUUACCCUAGAACGAUGCAACCUAAGCACUGUGCCUGGGCCUGCCCUGGCCCGACUCCCAGGGCUGACAGCGCUGAGGCUGCGCGAGUUGGACAUUGGUCGGUUGCCUACUGGAGCCCUGAGAGGACUGGGGCAGUUACAGGAGCUAGAGAUCCACCAGUGGCCAACUCUGAGGGUCCUGGAGCCUGGAAGCCUGGCUGGCCUCAAUCUCAGCCAUCUAGCCAUCACACACUGCAACCUGAGCUCCGUUCCCUUCCAAGCCCUGGGCCAUCUGAGCUUCCUCAGGGUCCUGGACUUGUCUCAGAACCCCAUCUCAAGCAUCCCAGCCCGCAAACUGAGUUUUUUGGUACGGCUCCAGGAGCUCCACCUCUCAGGGGCCCACCUAGCCUCUAUUGCUGCCCAUGCUUUCCAUGGUUUGGCUGCCUUCUGCCUCCUGGACGUGGCCAACAAUGCCCUUCAGACUCUGGAAGAAGCUGCCUUCCCCUCCCCCAGCAAUCUGGUCACCCUGCGGCUGGCCGGCAACCCCCUGAUCUGUGACUGCCGUCUGCUGUGGCUACUCCGGCUUCGCCACCACCUAGACUUUGGCAAAUCCCCCCCAGCCUGUGCCAGUCCACUCCAUGUCAGGGGAAAGAACCUACAGGACUUCUCAGACAUCCUGCCCCCAGGACACUUCACUUGCAGAGCAGCCCUGAUUCAGAGGUCCGGGCCACGGAGAGUCAGUGCAGAGGAGGGACAGCAGGCUGUCUUCUCCUGCUCUGGGGAUGGAGACCCAGCUCCUACCAUUUCAUGGCGAGGGCCCCAGGGGACUUGUCUGGGAAGAACUGGACGAGUAAGAGUCCUCGAGGAUGGGACCCUGGAGAUCCGGUCAGUACAGCUUCGAGACAGGGGUGCUUAUGUUUGUGUGCUCAGCAAUGUAGCCGGGAGUGACUCGCUGAGCACCUGGUUAGAGGUGAUCCAGAUUGAGUCGCCAAACGGGACCCUUUCUGAUACCAAUGCCACCACUCUGGGAACCCCAGGACCCUUCUUCCUGGACAGCAGGGGCCUGGUUGUAGUGUUAGCUGUUGGCUUCCUCCCCUUCCUCACCUCUGUAACCCUCUGCUUUGGCCUCAUUGCCCUAUGGAGCAAAAGCAAGGGACGGGUCAAACAUCACACAACCUUUGACUUUGUGCCUCCUCGGUCUUCAGGGGAGCGAGGUGCUGGGGGCAACCGAGUCACUGCCAAACUCUUCUGAUCUCCUUUCCAUCCCCCCUGAGAGCUCAGACAAGCCAGUUUUAGUUGGAAAAAAAAAGGCUAAUCGGGCCAGUGCCUUACCCCAAAGGAUGUUCUGGAGAAUCAGGACCCAAGUGUCCCCAGCAUGCCCCAACAAUGCCUUCCUUGUGUCAGCUAACACUAUCUCCUGAGCCUACCAUCAGCCUCUCUCUACGAACAUUUCCAAUCUGGAAAUGACAGCCAACUUCUACUGAUUCUCCCCUUCCUCUGAGGGUUCUAGAGUGCUGGAGGUUUAUGGGAUGUCAUCCUCUCUUGACAGUAGGGUACAAAGCUAUCAGCCCUCACCUCCCACCAGAAGACAAGCAGGCAAUAGACCCAUUGCCUACCUUAAUCACUAGCAUCACAUCUUUUCCUCACUUCAUUCAACUGUCAAAACCAAUCACCAAAGCCACUGACAGGGCCAUUGCAGAGAUGGGUCUCGGACGUUACCACUUGCUUCUCUGCCUCUUUUCCCCCCAGGUACAGACACCUCUCUUUUGCCCCUACCCUCACCCAAGAGCCCAGAGCUAGAAAGCGGACAGCUCUUCAUGGUCUGUGGGAUGGAGGGAAAGGAGGAAAUGGGGAAUGUCUGCCUGACAAAGGGAGACCAUUAAACCUGCUGCCAAAAGGCUGGAAUCAGUGAAAACUGAGAGGGAUUUGGAGUUUUCUUUCCACCAAUCCAUUGCCUUCUGACCUUCCCUUCAUGUCUAUCAAAGCUGCCACUUUCCUCCUUUGCCUUCCCUCUCAUCUAUGAAUUCAUGAAUCCUAACACUCCUCCACCCUUCUAUGGCCGACAUGUCCAGUCUGAGCAAAUGAGAAUCACUUCUCUGUUGAGAGCUCUCCAGGGAAGAAGUUACCCUGCUUCCCUCCCUACACAUGUUUCUAUCUCUGAACAGCCCAGGAAGUCUUUCCUGGAA